ACAGGAAGGUAACUUGGCCGUAACCCGUCCUGGUAGAAUGAAAACACGACAGACCGUAGAAAAGCGUAACUAGCAGACAGACUAUAGCGAUACAUCACUCAAAGAACAUUAAACGGCUGGUCGUGUUUAACGGCUUUGUUAGUUUCCAACUGCUUUCACGAGUGAAACAGGCUUUUUAGCUCGCUACGUUAGCUUGUUUGCUAACUUUAACAUAAAUCCGGAUUGAGAUUCUUCCACAGCUGGCUAGGUUGCGCAAGACGUCUAUCAAGUCCUCUCGUUUAUUUAACACUUCAACAUGGGAUCCAGAGCGUCCACGUUACUCCGAGAAGAGGAAAUUGAAGAAAUUAAGAAGGAGACUGGCUUCUCACACAGUCAGAUCACUCGCCUGUACAGCCGCUUCACUAGUCUGGAUAAAGGAGAAAACGGCACCCUCAGUCGAGAAGAUUUCCAGAGGAUCCCGGAGUUGGCCAUCAAUCCGCUGGGAGACCGGAUUAUCAACGCGUUCUUUCCUGAGGCAGAGGACCAGGUGAACUUCAGGGGCUUCAUGCGGACCUUGGCUCACUUCAGACCAAUCGAGGACAACGACAAGAGCAAGAACGUGGCUGUCAGCGAGCCACUCAACAGCAGGACAAACAAGCUGCUGUUUGCUUUCCGUCUGUAUGACCUGGACAGAGAUGACAAAAUCUCUCGGGAUGAGCUGCUGCAGGUCUUGCGGAUGAUGGUUGGUGUAAACAUUUCAGACGAGCAGCUCGGCAGCAUUGCCGAUAGGACCAUACAGGAGGCUGACACCAACGGAGACAACUCCAUUUCCUUCAGUGAAUUCAUCAAGGUCUUGGAGAAGGUGGACGUGGAACAGAAAAUGAGCAUCCGGUUCCUACAUUAAAUAAACUUUUAUUAUUGUUAUUAUUUUGGUUAGAGCUUCAACAUAUCGGUUGAUUUCAGAACACGGCCUCAUGCAGCUUGUCAUAGCCCACACUACGAGAACACACCGUCAGACCGAGCGUUGGGUAGAUCAUGUUACAGAUCUGGAGGUUGUGCUUCUGCACUGCUCUGUCAACAAAGGGGAACGUUUCGUGCCUUGGGUUGUUCUAUGCAAUAUGAAUCUUUUUUUCCUCAAUCAUGGAGCAUUAUUUAUUAGAAAACGUUUAGAGGGUCCCAGUUAGUACCACUGCUGUUCCACUUUUCACAUGGAUUUGACAGUACGGUACAUUAAAGCUUUUUGCUAUUGCAGUGAGUACGUUUAUUUUAGGUUUAAUCAUGCGGUUUAAUGGAUAGAUGGCACAGGAUGUGUCCUCCGUAUGAAUAUGCAAUGGCUCAAAGUGAAACUUAUUAGAUGUUUGAUUCCACUUCUAAACAGACAGUGUUUUUUUUUUUUUUUUGGACUUGUGGCAGAGCAAGUCAGACCAGAGCAAGUGGAGAUCUGCUCCACAGAUGUUUGUGUGUAACUCACUGAAGUGCUGUGGCUUUGGUUCCCCUUUUAUAAGUUAUUAUCUCAACUGUAAACCAGAACCUAUCGCCGAGUUUGUGUAUUUUUAUUUUUCAUAGGGGUUAACGUAGCUACUGCCAAUAGAUUGUAAUUACCUGUUUCAAUUGUUGGACUCGAACCAAAGUGAGUUUUACCCUCUUUCAACCACUGAUUCAUCACGUGUGUGGUGAUGAUUAAAGAACUCCGUGUUCAGUUCAAAACUGUGGCGUUAAGAAGAUUUCACAAAAACUGCAGCUAUCUCUUUGGCUAGUGUGUGUUUCUUCCCUAGCACCUGUUCUUACUCAUUUGCUGAAUGGUCUCGCUAGGAUUCAGCUGCCACCGUGUCCUGCUUUCCAGAUUGAGUCUUAAAGCCCUGGCUAACAGUGUCGGGCCCUGUGAGGGAGUUUGUGCUGUGGAUUAGUUAGUUUGUAGACUUAGAACAGGUAACCCCAUGAUAACGUGCUAUGGUUCUAUAUAUCUGAUCAGUUUUCCUGUGGCGAAGGAAAGUGUGUGUUGAUGUAUGCACUGCUUCAAUAUUUGUCUGGCUGUUUCUUUUCCCAUCGAAUAGUUCCAGAGAUAAAAAAAAAAAAAAAAAAAGAAUCUAAUGCUUUAAAAUAUAUAUUUUCUGUACAGGCUAGUGUACAUGAACUGUGCAAAUGGCUGACCCUUUAAUCUUUAAUGUGAGUUUGUUAAAUCAUUAGAAGAUCACCUUCCAGCAGCUGAGUGCAGGAAAUACAUGGUGACCAUUUUAUUAAUCAUUAUGUGAUUAUCAAUCAGAUAUGAUUCACACGUUAUGUGACGUUGGUCUAGGUAUUAUCAAAGUGAUUCAUAAAUUUGAUUUGAAUAAAUGAUGUGCCAUGCUUAA